AUGGAUCAAAACACUGUGGCAAUUCCUUCUGACAUCCGACAGCGGUUCUUGCGAGAUCCUCUCCGGUCCAAAGAAUGGAAGGCCAGUCUGGCUGAAUUUGACAAGCGGUUCGAGGCAGCCUCACAAAGGCCUCUUGGUUCUGAUGAAGGUGCACCUGCUGCAGUCGCAAAUGGAGCUGCUGAAUCUUCUGAAGCUGGCAGUGCCAAUCCAUGGGCCGGUAUCUUUCGGGACAGCCCCAAGAGUUUGGAAGCCCUGGAGUCAAUGACUGUUUCAGCAACUUUCCCUUUGAGCAGUGGCGCGCUUGUGUGCAAAAUCACGGAAGGGCCUCAGUACUACAUCUGUGCCACGACGGCAGCUGGGAGCUUCGGUGUGGAAGAGCCAGUGUUUUCACAUGGUGGUGGUACGUGGAUGCUAGAUAGCAAGGCAGCCAAAGCCUUGCAGGAUGGCCCACAGAAAGUGCAUCACUGGGAGUUCAGCAAUGAUCUUGCAAAAUGCGUUUUGGAGGACUGGUGGUGCUGA